AUGUUUCUGGAUCGUCUACGUACUGCGCAGCCCAACAGCGCGUGCGUGAUGGAGUCCUUCGACGUUACCGCCCUUUAUACAAACGUGUCGAAUGACUACGCAAUGCAAGCCAUACUCGCACUCCUUAUGCAACACGAAGGAGGAAUAAAUAUGUAUGGCUUCAAGACAGAGCAGUUGAUGGCACUCUUAAAAGAUUGCUUGAGCUGCUCAAUUUUCAGAUGGUCUGGAAAGUACUACGCUCAAAUAAGAGGGUUGGCAAUGAGACAACGACUGGCUCCAAGCCUUGCCAUUGCAUUUAUGUCUAAGGUGGAAGCAUCGGUGACUGAUCUCGGGCAGCUACUCUACUGUAGAUAUGUAGACAACUGCUUUGUCCUUUGUUCGUGUCGAAUGACACCGCUAUGCAAACCAUAA